AUGAAACGAGUUGCGAUAACAGGUAUAGGUAUUGUAAGUCCAUUUGGUGUCGGUAAAAAGCUUCUCUUUGACAAUUUAUUAGCUAACAAUGUCGCGCUGCAAAAUGAUGAAAAGCUCAAAGUAAUUGUGGGGCGGAUUUCGGAAUGUGGGGAGCAUGGCCUUGAUAUGAGUUCGUGGACAUCGCGAGAGUUGAAACAAAUGAGCAGGGGUAUUUCUUAUUCAGGCAGUAUGCUAGCAGUCGUGGCAGCAGAAGAGGCUGUGAAAGAUGCUGGUUUAAAGGAAUGUCACAUGGAGGAAACUGGUGUUAAUGUUGGAAUGGGUAUAGCUGAUCUAGAAAUAAUUUACGACGUGGGUAAACAAAUUGCAGAAGGUAAAGGACGUCGAGUAACACCUUUUUUUAUACCACGUAUACUGACCAACAUGCCAGCAGGGCACGUAAGCAUCAAAUUUGGUAUGCGUGGACCACACUUAAGCUCUUGUAUCGCGUGCGCAACAGGUUUGCAUAGUGUUGGAGAUUCAGCAACAUUCAUUAGGAUGGGUCGAGCGAAACGCAUGCUUGCAGGUGCAACUGAAGCAUGUGUCAAUAGUAUAGCAAUAACUGGAUUCAGUCAGAUGAGAGCACUAACUAUGACUUGUUCACGGCCUUUUGACAAACGACGUGAUGGAUUUGUGUUGAGCGAAGGUGCUGCAAUUUUGGUUCUGGAAGAAAUGGAAGAGGCACACAAACGGAAAGCAAAUAUUUACGCUGAAAUUAUGGGAUACGGUGUCGCAGGCGAUGCUUACCAUUUGACGACGCCAUCAGAAGAUGGUACAGGAGCUUUCCUAAGUAUGGAAAGAUGCUUGACUGAUUCAUGUAUCAGUCCAAAGCAAAUUACAUACGUGAAUGCUCACGCAACUUCAACAGUACUCGGUGAUUAUUUCGAAUCACGAGCUAUUGCUCGUCUGUUUCCUGGUCAUAUAGGCCAUACUUUGGCUGCAGCUGGCGCUAUCGAAACAGCCGUCACAGCAAUGUGUGUUAGAGAAGGCAAACUGGUGGGAAACGCCGGGCUGGAAGAAAGCGAUAUUAAGGAGAAUAUACGUUUUCUUAAACAAUCAGAAAGAUGGGAUAAGGGACGAAUGGCUCUGGUGAACUCUUUUGGUUUUGGUGGGUCACAUGCUACCUUAUGCUUAGCUGCGGUAGAAAAUUCAAAAUAG